AUUUAUUGCUUUUCUAAAGAACUUUUCUUUUCCUUCCCAACAGAGAGACUUAGUGCUCUUCUAAAGAAAUUAUUUGAGACACAUGUUUCGGGAGACGUUAAUGAAGAACUGGUCAAAGCUGCUGCAAAUGGUGAUGCACAGAAAUGUGAAGAAAUUCUGAAGAGAUCUGAAGCUGAUGUUAAUGGAGUGUUUGCUAGUCAUACUGCUCUUCAAGCUGCUAGUCAGAAUGGACACAUUGAAGUGAUAAAGAUUCUUUUACGGCACAAUGCAGAUGUAGAAAUAGAG